ACGAACGGUUUUGAGACGCGACUAACCUUCUCUUUAAUGCUGUUCCGUCGUACAAAAUGACAAAGGGUACAUCAAGUUUUGGUAAGCGACGAAAUAAAACUCAUACAUUGUGUAGACGAUGUGGUUGUAGCUCAUACCACAUUCAAAAGUCACAAUGUGCUCAGUGUGGAUAUCCUAAGAAAAAAAUGCGAUCAUAUAAUUGGUCUGUAAAAGCAAAGAGGAGGAAGACUACAGGAACUGGUCGUAUGCGUUAUUUAAAGAUUGUUCGUCGUAAAUUCAAAAAUGGAUUUAGGGAAGGUUUGCCAAAACCUAAAUCAGAACAAGUUAAAUAAUCAUAACUCUUAUUGCUUUGUUAUACAUCAAUGAACUAUUUGACUUCUAAUAAAUAAUUGAAAAAGUCCAAAA